CAUUGGCCGGCCGCCGUGAGGGAGCACGAGGCCACCGUGGCGGGCGCGCAGUCGGAGGGGCGGCGGACUGGCCUGAGGGCCGAGGGCUGCGCGGGCGGCGCGCAGCGGGCAUGGCGGGUGCGGGGUUGCGGGCGGCCGCUCGGCGCUGGCUGCCGCGCCGAGACCACGGCGGGCCGCGAGCCUCCUCGUCCUCGCCCUCCUGCCCUGGUUGCGGCCCCCCGGGGCCCGGCGCCCACUGCCCGGGCGCCCCGCGUUCCGCGCCCGCCCCGGCGCCGGCCGGCGGCGCCGCCGAGCCCAGCGCACACCUGUGGGCUCGAUACCAAGACAUGCGGAGACUGGUGCACGACCUCCUGCCCCCUGAGGUCUGCAGUCUCCUGAACCCCGCGGCCAUCUAUGCCAACAACGAGAUCAGCCUGCGCGAUGUCGAGGUCUACGGCUUCGACUACGACUACACCCUGGCCCAGUACUCGGACACGCUGCACCCGGAGAUCUUCAAUGCCGCCCGUGACAUCCUGGUCGAGCACUACAAGUACCCAGAGGGCAUUCGGAAGUAUGACUACAACCCCAGCUUUGCCAUCCGCGGCCUGCACUACGAUAUUCAGAAGAGCCUUCUGAUGAAGAUUGACGCCUUCCAUUACGUGCAGCUGGGGACCGCCUACAGGGGCCUCCAGCCUGUGCCAGACGAAGAGGUGAUCGAGCUCUACGGGGGCACCCAGCACAUCCCCCUCUACCAGAUGAGUGGCUUCUAUGGCAAGGGCCCCUCCAUCAAGCAGUUCAUGGACAUCUUCUCACUGCCAGAGAUGGCACUGCUCUCCUGCGUGGUGGACCACUUCCUGGGCCACGGCCUGGAGUUUGACCAAGCGCACCUCUACAAGGAUGUGACAGAUGCCAUUCGGGACGUGCACGUGAAGGGCCUCAUGUACCAGUGGAUCGCGCGGGACAUGGAGAAGUACAUCCUGCGAGGGGACGAGACGUUCGCUGUGCUGAGCCGCCUGGUGGCCCAUGGGAAGCAGCUGUUCCUCAUCACCAACAGUCCUUUCAGCUUCGUGGACAAGGGGAUGCGGCACAUGGUGGGUCCCGACUGGCGCCAGCUCUUUGACGUGGUCAUCGUCCAGGCGGACAAGCCCAGCUUCUUCACCGACCGACGCAAGCCUUUCAGGAAACUUGAUGAGAAGGGCUCGCUGCACUGGGACCGCAUCACCCGCCUGGAAAAGGGCAAGAUCUACCGGCAGGGAAACCUGUUCGACUUCCUGCGGCUGACGGAGUGGCGCGGCCCCCGAGUGCUCUACUUCGGGGACCACCUCUACAGCGACCUGGCGGACCUCAUGCUGCGGCACGGCUGGCGCACGGGCGCCAUCAUCCCCGAGCUGGAGCGCGAGAUCCGCAUCAUCAACACAGAGCAGUACAUGCACUCGCUGACGUGGCAGCAGGCGCUCACCGGGCUGCUGGAGCGCAUGCAGACCUACCAGGAUGCCGAGUCGCGGCAGGUGCUGGCCGCCUGGAUGAAGGAGCGGCAGGAGCUGAGGUGCGUCACCAAGGCCCUGUUCAACGCCCAGUUCGGGAGCAUCUUCCGCACCUUCCACAACCCCACCUACUUCUCCCGGCGCCUCGUGCGCUUCUCCGACCUCUACAUGGCCUCCCUCAGCUGCCUGCUCAACUACCGCGUGGACUUCACCUUCUACCCCCGCCGCACGCCCCUGCAGCACGAGGCGCCACUCUGGAUGGACCAGCUCUGCACGGGCUGCAUGAAGACGCCCUUCCUGGGGGACAUGGCGCACAUCCGCUGAGAGUACCUUUAUUGUCUGGAUCAGGCCCAGCCCCACCUGUCCCGCCCUCUCCGGGCAAUAAAAGCCGUCUCCCUCGUG